AUGGUAGCUGCUAAAUCGUGUGUCAUCCCGAUUUGGUUCCAUGAAUAUAAAAGCACACAAGCAGCAACUCAAGUUCCACCAAGCAACGAGUCAACUGGACAGGUGUCACAGCAAUGCCCCACCAAUGUUACCAAAUCAGUGUCUGUACAGGUGAAUGCCAUGACCAACCUCUCCUGCUUUACUCACUCAAUAAAGGAUCUUAUAAUGACAACAUGGGAAAUACUCCUCAGAGACAAAACUCCUUGUAUCAUAGCUUACAGAGAAGACAAGAAUGAAACCAAGGAAACCAACUGCUCUGGUGAAGGAAUAACCUGGGAAUCUAGACCAGAGUGGAACCACACACUUCGGAUAGGCCCAGUGACCAUUGAUAAUGAUGGAUCUUAUAAAUGUGUUUUUGUAACCACUGCUGGGAAUUUCCAAACUGUCUAUCACCUCAGUGUAUUAGUGCCCCCUGCAGUAACCCUGUCUGAAGAGGGGGAUGGUACUGUUGUGUGCAAGGCUGUUGCUGGGAAGCCAGCUGCCCAGAUCUUCUGGGUCCCAAAGGGAGAUUGCUUCACUGUGAAUGAAACUCAUCAUAAUAGGACAGUGACUGUGAAAAGUACCUGUACCUGGAAGGGCUUCAAUGAGUCUAGUGCCACCUGCUUCAUUUCCCAUGUGACUGGGAGCAGGAAUAUGUCCAUAGAACAUCAACCUCAUAGUUCCAGAGAAUUAGGAGUUUCAUUGAUCCUUGGGACUAUGGAAUUUUCCAUUUUGGGGGGUGUUCUGAGCUUUGGAGAAUGUCUUAAGGAAGAUCAGUGGUGGCAGGUAACAAUUCAUUGAUUAAAAUUUAUAAUGCUCAAAGCACUUUUACAACACACACACAAAAUCCUCUUAAGGUACUUAAAUUUAUUACUUACUAGAAGAGGUUGUCAAAAUAUUUUUUCGUCUUUUGAAAGCUUUAUUGAAAACUGAAGGCGAGACACUGAGGGGGUUAGGGUGUAGGUGGUAUCUCUCACUCAGAGUCUGUUUCCUGAAGCAGAUGCGUUAAAAAUA